AUGAGAACAUCUGCCCUGGACGGCCUCUGGCUGCUCUCCCUUCUCGCACCGGCUCAGUCCUCGGCCCUCGACUUCACCGUGGCUGGCGGUCAGAUAUUCACGCCCGGCUUUGCCAUUGUAGACUCACCACAACCUGGCACACCUUUAGGAGGAGGCAAGUUCUUUUCUUCUUUUUCCCCUCCUUUCAUCUCUUCACCUAACCUCUCAGACUCCUUACAGCUGGCUAUCGACGUAACCGCAGAUGGCCGUCUCAACCUGCCGUCCCAGCUGGCCGAAAACAGCCCCAGCCGGAUCCACAACAUCACCAUCUUCCUCUACAGCUACGACACCAGCCACAACUUCACCGUCAGCAACGGCACCGCCUCAGCCAACAACGCCAGUCUCGGCCCCAUCAUGGACCAGGAGUCCGGCAGCACCGUCAAGCACAUUAACUGGGUCUGGCCCGACUGUCUCGUCGGCGACGGCCAGCCAACAACAACCGGCAGUGCCCGGGGGGUCUACAAUAUAUCCAUUCGUCAGAGUUUCCGUCUCAACGACGUCGACCACUACACUAUUUUUGACCUGCCCGUAUCAGUCACCAACAGUAUCGCCGACACGGCCACGCGUCCUUCUUGUGACUCGCUCGAAAACCUGCUGCUCCUGCCCGACCAGAUCAAUGCCACCGCCGCUGACUCUGUCGGCAUCCUUUUUGCGCCGGGCGAUGCCACGCAGGUCGACGUCAAGACCAGCAACAGCCUCACCACCGGCGACGGGCUCGGCCCUGAGAAACCACAUGCAAAAGAGAGUAACGGGCUGGGCAGCGCCGCCUCCAACCUGUUUCCACCCUCAUUGGCGCCAUGGCUAUGCGUCGCGGCCGUAAAAAUUGCACUGCUGCUGCUCUAG